AUGACAGAAUUGGCCUUCGCCAGACUGAGGACUAUUGUGCGCCUCGGCGAGGCGGUUCCGGACAUCCCGAUUGCGAGCGCGGUGGACUUCAUCUUGCCGGUCAACUGCCGGCGGACGACAGCUGCUCCGCCUACCACUCGUCGACAGCCGCUCACUGCCGACUCAACCACCUCGUGCAGCUACCCGCCUCCGAAGGGCUCUGACUACAUCGACCGACUCUGCCGCGGUGCCAACGGCCUCUUCGCACGGACAAACUUCAUCCCGGCCGUGGCCGAGUAUGUCCGCCUUCGCGAGGAGGACGGUCCACAACCACUUCUUCCGUGCGCCUCCGAUGCGCUGCAGAGCGCCGAAGAGCUCUUCCACGACGAGCUCCGCCGCUCCGGCCGCGCCACUGGCUGCGGUGGCUACGGCACGCUCUUCCCGUUCGUUGGGCCGCCUAGAUGCGUCUGCACACUCUGCGAGUAUUCGCCGGCGGCGGUAUGGAGCUUCCUGAUCGGCGGCGUAGGGCUGCUCGCCGGCCUGCCGGGCGCCGACUUGCUGGUCGACGCCGGUGCGCUCUGGAUCCUGCUGGGGCAGGUCAACCUCUACCGCCGCGUGAACGAGCUGCACGGGGAGAGCGGGCCGCUCUGGACGAAGGACGAGGCGCUGCUCGAGCCGCCAGGCUCCUCGCUUUACGCUGCGCCAGCGCGCGACCUCUCCGAGGGGAGGUACAUUUUGACGGGCAACCUGACGUCGAGCCUCUUCGCGGACGAUUGCCGCUUUGUCGACCCAAACAACGCGGUCGACGGCCUUUCGAGAUACCGCCAGGCGCUGGGCUUCCUCUUUGAGCCCACGCGGUCGCAACUCGACAACGUGCACGUGCGUGUGGUGGCCGCGGGCAGUGGGAGGGCGACCAUCGAGGCAACUUACGUGGCGUCGGGCGAGCUCAAGCUACCGUGGAGGCCAAAGAUCUCUCCGUGGUCGGGCAAGAUCUCGUACGACGUCUCACCAGUGACGGGGCUCGUGGUCGCGCAGACCGACGUCUGGAAUAUCACGCGGUUCGACGCGAUUCGGCAAACCUUCACGCCCGGCAGCACGAGCAGGCGAUGAUUUUGCGUGCGGCGAUCCUACACAGAGAGACAUCUCGAGGGAGAGCGAGCGAGGUGUACGCCCCCACACCACACCCCCGCGCCAAAGCCAUAGGCCACACGGACGCACACCGCUCGACACCGCGCGAGAGAGCUGCGCGUGCGCCGGAGCGUUCGACACUGGGACACAUUGGGACACAUCCGCUCGCGGUCGCGCUCGCUCGUGCAUAUUGUACCAGAGUUUUUCAUUUCAACACACUGUCGUACGCGGUU